UCCCAAUUAACCUACAAAAAAAUUUGAAAAAGUUAUCCUUUUUUUUCUUCUUCUCACACUCUCCAAUUCAUCGUCUGGUAAACCCAGGGCAGUGCUUCCUCCGGUUAAGUCACACAUAAACCCUAAUUUUUUCUGUCUCUGCCGCCGCUCCAGUUGGGUCCUCCGGCCAACCCACUUUGCCGGUUCUCUACCCUUCGUCGCUAUCAGUUAAAACUAUUUUUAGGGAUCAGAAGCAGAAGACUUGAAUGGGUGGCCCUAAGCAAUGUCAAGUUUGCAAUGAAGCAGUUUCCAAGUACAAGUGUCCCUCUUGUCUUGUCCCUUAUUGUUCUCUUAUCUGCUUCAAGAAACACAAAGAAAUUCCAUGUUCUAUGCCAGUGGCUUCUCAGCAAAAUCAAAAGGAAACUGCUGGCCCUCAAUCAAGUAUAGAAAGGCCAUUACAAGUUGCUGAACCUACCAAGGUGCUGCAGAGUUCGCAACUGGAGGCUUUAGCUUCAUCUAGUGAAAUUUGCAAUACUUUGAAAGAUGAAAACAUUCAGAAACUCGUAUGUGAUAUCGAUAACUCUUCAGAUCCAGAGAAAGACCUUGAUAAAGCUAUGGAAUCAGAGGUGUUUCGUGCCUUUACUGACAAGAUUCUUUCUACUGUAAACCCAUAAAUAUGGGCUGUAAACCCAUAAAUAUGGGCACUUGGAGCACAAGAAGAUAUUUGUCACAGUAACUUAACUCUUAAGUUUCCCUAUUGAAGCAGUGUUAAAAGGAUCUCCAUUAUUAUAUUC